CUCUUACUCUUCCCAAAAGAUAAAUAUGAAAAUAAAUGGUGGCAGCUAGCUGAUGGGAGGGGGAAUACAUAAAGCCAAUUCAAAUAGUAUUGGUUUUACGUCGACGAGGUUCACUAAUAUUUUGAUCUUUUCCGAUGACAAAAUGCGCUUUAUAUUCCGCUGUUUCUUUACCAAUUAAAACAAAGUUGAACUCAAAAGGGGGGAGAGAGAGAGCCAAAUUGUUUCUCACCGUUCCAAAAAUGACACAAGGAAGGAAGUUUUUAUGGAGAAAUCCAAAAGAUUCAAAAAGCCAUGAAGUUACAAUUACAGAGAACCCAAUAGCGGAACAAGAUACAGCCUGUGUCAAUAGAAUUUCCAAUCUACCAGUUGAAAUAAUGCAUCAAAUUCUUUGCUGGGUCCCACCUAAAGAUGCAGCCAGAGCUAGUGUUUUGUCCAAGAGGUGGCAAAGCAUUCGGACUUCUCUCCCAGGUAUUUAUAUGGACGAAUUCCAAUUUGGGGUCAAGUUAUUCCUAGAAUCUGGAGAUAUAUGGUUAGAUUAUAAAGAUGCCUUCCUAACUUACUAGGAAAAAUCCUUAGACAGGUGUGAGAAGCGUGAAUACAAUGGUGAAGUUUGCUUGCUCUAUCUUCGAAUGACCUGUUGAUGACUUUAAUCCUUCUAGUGAAUUACCACUCAAAAAAUGGAUCCAGUUUGCCAAAAAUAAGGUUAAAACGUUACAUCUUGCUCUAGAAGGGCCUCCUGAUUUUUUUUGAGAAUUCUGGUAUUGCAUUUUUCUCUUCUACAUUAGUAGUCUUAUGUUUCCAGAAUUGUGAUAUUACAUCGUCAUACUCUUUUAUGAUCCCUAGUCUAAGAUCACUGUUUCUAUGUGAUGUCUCGAUGGAUGUUGAUUUUGUAUUUGCGGAUUUCAUUGCCGGGUUCCCUCGAAUCGAGGAAUUAAUCAUUGAGCCUUUUCCAUAUGACUUGGACACGAUAGUAGUUCCAAAUCCUAGCCUAAUUUUUUUGAAGGUGAUAAUUCAAUCUUAUAACCGCGUCCUACUAGUUAUAGACUCCACAAAGCUGGAAUCUCUUGUAUUAAAUGACUUCAGACUGAGUAGAUGCGAAGUACAGACCACUCCCACGACUACAGUCAAGAAUUUGACAUUGCAAAAAGUUCAUGUCCAAGAAAGGACAUUGAGUCCUUUUAUCAACAGAUUCCCUCUCCUAGAGAACCUGAUGAUAGAUGGUUGCCGCCUUGAUUCUUCUUCUGAAGAUGGUAUUUGGCUCCGUGAUUUGCAAUGCAUUUUGUUUCUCACCAGCAUCUGGCAAACGUUGUGUGGAAGGAUGAUGAAUAUGAAAUAGUAGAGGAGAUAAUUAUAGAUGCUCCCAACAUAAAAUCUUUUGAGUACUCCGGUGGUCUCACGUCUUUUCCUGGAAUAAAAGCUUCUCAUGGGUUGGAAUUUGUUAGACUUCAUCUCAGGCCCAAAGUGCUUAAUGCUCGCAGCUGGUACAUUUGGUUGCGGACUAUCUUGGAGUCUUUUGCUCAUUCCGGGCAUUUAACUUUGAUCUGCCGGAGUGAACAGCAAUCAGUAAGAUCGAGAAUUUGGAACUUCAAAAUUGAUUCAUCUACUGCCACUUCUCAAAAUAUUUUAGAUGGCUUUAUUUGGAUUCUUCCAGGUUUGAAGACUUUGUCACUGACAUUGGGUUCCAUUUCAAAAAUCAUCGAGUUUCACAGAGGAUGAUGUCGAGGUUAAUUCAGCCAGAACAAAAGCUGGCCCACAAGCAGAAGCUAACAUAAAAUGAUUAGAGACUAGAGAGAAUACUUCCCUUGGAUUAGUGAAUUUUUUUUUGUUUUGAACUCCAUACUUUUGGAAGUAGAAGCAGACUUAGCUUGUAGCUAGCCAAACAGCUGAUUCAUGCUUAACGAAUCACAAGUUCUCCCGUGCAAGAAAUAUGCUGUUGUUUAAAGUGCUCUUAAUUAGGCGAGUUUGCUAGUUAAUGUCACAAU